GAUUUUUGAGUUCACUACUUGAACACGCAUAUGUUUAACUGUAUUGAAAUAAACCCAUUCUGUGUUGUAGGAAGUCCUGGAUUGCGCGAAGAUUUGUUGGACGUUGCCAGCCACAUAGUAUGCAAAUAUAUUGAAAAUGAUUUGGGGUCUUCAACAACGUCAUCUGCAAACAAUGAAAACGCAUUGAAGUCAAAAAGAGUUCGAACUGAUUUAAUCGACCCUGAAGCUUUUGAUGAAAUAAGAAGAGGAAAAUGGUCGUGUGAAGAACUCAGAAACCUCGUGCUUAAUAUGGUUCUUCCUUCAUCAGCAUUUUCAGGGUCUAAGGGAGGAAACAAAUGGCCUGUAGCCCGAAUUAAAAAUUUUUGGUCCAAAGCAGAACAACCAUCUUUUUGGCCGUUACACAUACCGUUUUGUUCACCAUCAGCAAGAAAAGAGAUUCCACUAGAUGGCAACAACGAUAAGAAAAUUUUCAGGAAAGUUCUCAACAAGGCAGAACUAACCGAAAUCGUCCUUUCCUAUUGGAAUUACAUUACAGACUUUAAUGAAGAAAACAUCGAAGAAGAGUACCAGGACAUGGAAAAAGAAACUGAAAUAGAGGAAAUAAACGAGGAGAAAGCAGACGAGUUCAAACAAGAAAAGAAGCAUGAAGAUAUCGACGAAGAAGAAAUUCAAGAUGAAGAUAUGGACUACGAGCACAACACAAAGAAAUAUCUUAAAGAAGAAGGAAACGAAGAAGACGAAAUGGGACCAGAGGAACAUUUCAUGAUGCAAGAAAAGACGGAAAGCGCAGACCUAAAUAUCAAAGAUAUGUAUGAAAAGGUAAAUUUGAGUUUUCACAUGACGAAAGUUAAGAUCUAUAUGUAUCAAGAUAAACAAUACGCAAUUAAUAUAGUAAUUUUACUUCUCUGGAAGACUUUUGCAAAGUGUUUUAUACGACAGUGGAUCUUUUAG